AGAAGCCCCCAAGACGCCCCAAGAGGCCCACAAGAGGCCUCCCAAGAGAGUCCGUAAUUAGCCAUUUUGGCUCAAGCCAUCCAGGCUCAAGAUUUGUAGGCGACCGGGGCGCGCACAGGCGACCGCAGUUGAGGCCAGAGAUGGGUGCCUCGGGCAGCACCGGGCCCGACCGCCACAAUGGGAAUGCGGGGUCUGGCGAGAGGCCUGGCCACCGCGUCCGUCGUGUGCGGGUCACGGGAGCCGGCCUGCCACAGGUGAACGGCGUCUAUUUGCCGACGGCGGAUUUCGCCGGCGGCGAGGCGUUCCAGCUGGAGGUGAACAAGGACAGCAUAAAAAAGAUCUACAUCCGUUGUCGGUCGGAUCAUGUGCGAGACGCCUGGGUCAUCACGAUGUCUUCAAACUCGGACGUGAGCGGUGGGAAUCUGUACAAACGUGAGUGCGAGAGUCAGGAGCAGAUCACGCCGCCGCUCUUUGGCUGGAAGCCGUGCGCGGCAAGUGAUGGCUUGCCGGGGAGUCUUGCGACCCAAGUAGUCCAGGGUGUGCCGAAGCUUAAGUACUACUACGGCCCACUCGAGGAGAUCAAUUGGGACUGCCAGCCACCGUCGCCAGCACAGCUGCACAAGCCGAAAGCCACCCGCGAGAUGCCGCCUCGGCAGGAAGGCAUCAGCUCGAGUCUCACAGUGUGCGUCAUCGGCGCGAACAACAUCCCCAGUACCCGCGCGCGCGAGUUUCACGUGGCCUGCCAGGUACCUGGCAAGAACCAGACCAUCGAGUCCGUGGCGGUGCCCGCCGGUCAAGACCCAGAGUUCAGGCUGAAGACCCCCUUCCAGAGCUGGAGGCGUCCCGACGAUUUACAGUUCACCCUAUAUGCCGAGCGUGAUAUCAAGAUUGGCGUAGCCUCGUUGGACUACGAGUACUUCAGCGAGAGCGGUUUUGUCGGAGAGAUUCCCGUCACGUUGUUCGGUAGUGACAGCCAGGAAGUCACGAUGAGUGUCUGUGUCGCUUUGCCAGGGCAAGUCACGCCAGGCGUUGAUGUCGAAAUUCGCAAGGACCACGGCUCGAAGAUCGGCAUCGAGAUCGCUCCAGAUACGCAGAGCAGUGCCCUGACCGUAACCAAGAUCCUGGAAGGAGGGCUCAUUUCCCAGUGGAAUUACGAUAACCCUGAUCAGCAAGUUAGGACCCGCGACAAGAUCACCGAGAUCGACGGUAUCAGGGGCUCGUGCUUGACCUUGCUGGCGAAGUUUGCCGAUGACGAGCCGAGGACCAUCAGGAUGCGCACUCAGCGCGCCGGUACCUAAGUGGCGCUGAGGGGCCCAUGACGUGCCAAAGAGCUGUCAACGAACCACACUCUUCUAACGAGCGUGUGCAGAGCUGUGUGGGACGUCUGCCCAGACGCUUACCAUACAAAGCUGGAGCUGUACAAUCAUUUUUGCGAGCCGCCCCCCGCCAGCGCAGAGGCCUGCUUACUCCUGAGCGUAGUCGCGUGAAUAGCGCGGUGCUCAGGACUCACUUGGUCGGGGGCGCUGCCCGCUCGCCCUUGCCGCGUGCCUGCCGUCGUCGUUGCGUCCUGGCGCGACAGCGCGACCUGCCUCGACUGCACGGGCCGCGGCGUGAGCUGCACCAGUCUGGGGAUGGCCACAACUGGCGGCCUCCUGCCUCCGUCCUCUCCCUAACCCUGCAGUCUUCGAGCUUGUCGGCGCCAGUGGAGCGUUCUCGUCAGGCCUUCUCUGUCUUGCCUUUCCCUUCCUUGACCCCUCAUCUCUGCUCCCAGCGCCUUUCCUCACCUCCCGUCCGAUGCCCUGGCAGGAGCUCCUACUCUUCCCCCUCCUCCGCCUCCUCCUCCUCCCCUCCCCUCCUUCCCUCUCUUCCUCCCUCCCAACGUCUCCGUGUGCGCGAUGCGCGUUUUCUUUGUUUUUUCCCCAGCGUCGCGAUCGUCGCCGAAGUUGCUCCUCAUUACGUCUCUUACAAGACACAAGAACAUGAGAGAGUCCUGAUAUCUAAUGGUCUUGUCACUAUUGUCUGGCACGGCGGCCGACGUAUGCUUGUUCAGGCUUUUUCAGACGCAUGGCUCCCUGAGGAGUCAGCCCUUGCAUCGUCGAAGUUUUCUUCUUCGUCUGGCACGGUGACCGACGUGUCCGGGGGCCGCGACAGUGCUGAAGGAAAGCGCACAGCAAA